AAAUACUCAAGCUUAAUGCUCAGUGAACUCCCAUUUGUUCAGCAUGGUAUUACCAUGGGCACGCUCCAAGUGUCCAUUGAUUUGGAGAGCAGAUUCUGACUGUUUAUAUCUGUCACAGAUAUCUGAUGUACAAAGAGCAAGUGAUAUAAGUGCUGGCAAAGAAAAACUUUUAGGUCCUGAUGUAAAAUUUUUUGAAGCUACUGUAAAGAUUUCCUUUAAUCCAGCUUGUUUUCAAUUAUGUCAGUUUCCAAACUGGGCAGCUCAUAAUUGAUGCUCUGAAAUCACUGGCCUUUAAAAAAUUGCAUGCUAGAGCUCAGCAAUGAUAACAAUGCUGCUGCCUUUUUUCUGCCCUUGAUAUUUCAAAGGCUAUUUUACUUAAAUACAAUAUUUUUUUCUUGAGAAAAAAACAAGGUGGCACUUCAAACUAUGCACUUGCUUGAAUUUGAAAAUUGGAGUCUGACCCUUAAUGCAGUUUUAUAUUUGAAGAAUAGAAGUAUUUCCCAGUAUAGCUUCUCAGCAUUUGCAGUAUGGUAUACGAUGCAGUCUCUGCAGUUUUUGUCGAAGAUGGAUCAGGUCACUCACAUUAAGGAGGAAUGCAGCUAUCAUAUAUUAUUUGUCUUUGAAUAAAGGUCUGAACUGAUUUACUUCUCUGGAUCUAGUUUGAAGAGGAAAAAGAAUCUUACUGGCUUGAUUGUGAAAAGACAAGUUCUGUGGCCUCCUGUCAGACAGAAUGAGUAUUUUCUGACUCGUUUCAGAGCAUUAGCUUUUGUCUGGGAGGGCAAGUUGCAGCCGAUCUCGGAGAAGAUGAAAGUAAACUGUCUCUCAACAGGAACAAUGCUGUCAGAUAGCACAUGGUAACCAUCAGCAGCCAGGCAGCUCUCUGCUCUUGUCUGGAAAUACUAGGAGAGCCUCGCUAUCCUGGGAUAUGCCAUCUGAGAAAGAAAAGUAACUUAACACUAGAUGCAGGCGGGGUCACAGUGAUGUAACAGGAAGCUCUGAUGUUUCGCUGCUGCUGCUGGUGCUGCUGCUCACUUACAAUCUGACAACGCUCCCAACUCUGCCCAGAGCAGCUCUUCUCCCCAGCGCGGAGUCACCUCUCCCACUACAGCCGCCAGGCUCCAGUGACUGGAUUAUACCUAGGGGAUCAGGCUGUAGGUCUCUUAUUUGGCUGGGGGAGAGGGAAAGAAACAUCUCUUUUCUCCCUCACUGAGAAGGGAAAUCGAACUGUUUGUCUAAGAAUUUAUCUGAAACCAUUUUCACCAGAGGUGUGUGUGUUUGAGUUCAUUUGACUACAGUAUAUAAUACACUGCACCAGAUAUAAAAAUGGCCACAAACUGGAUCAUAUUUUUGCUGCUCUUCUUAUCUGUUACUAUGUUUUUUGCCACUGCCAUACCAUCUGAAGGACAUCAGAAUAUGACAGAGGACUUCGGUCAACUGAGUGUUACACGGAAUAAAAUUAUGACAGCACAGUAUGAAUGCUACCAGAAAAUUAUGCAAGAUCCUAUUCAUAGGAAAGAAGGUCCUUACUGUAACAGGACAUGGGAUGGCUGGUUGUGCUGGAGCGAUGUUGCUGCAGGAACAGUGUCAGUACAGCGUUGUCCUGACUACUUUCAGGAUUUCAACCCAUCAGAAAAAGUUACAAAGAUCUGUGACCCAAGUGGGAAUUGGUUUAGACACCCAGAAAGCAACAGGACGUGGACAAACUACACCCAGUGCAAUAUCUAUACGCAUGAAAAAGUGAAGACUGCUCUGAAUUUGUAUUAUCUGGCCAUCAUCGGACAUGGUCUUUCAAUUGCAUCACUUCUGAUUUCCCUUGGCAUAUUCUUUUAUUUUAAGAGCUUGAGUUGCCAAAGGAUUACCCUGCAUAAAAAUCUAUUUUUCUCUUUUGUUUGCAACUCUGUUGUAACAAUAAUUUCACUGACUGCAGUUGCCAACAACCAGGAGUUAGUUGCAACUAAUCCAGUUAGUUGCAAAGUGUCACAGUUUAUCUACCUGUAUCUAAUGGGGUGCAAUUACUUUUGGAUGCUGUGUGAAGGCAUUUACCUGCAUACUCUCAUUGUGGUGGCUGUUUUUGCUGAGAAACAACACUUGAUGUGGUAUUACCUUCUUGGCUGGGGUUUUCCACUGAUCCCUGCAUGCAUACAUGCUGUUGCAAGGAGUUUAUAUUACAAUGACAACUGUUGGAUCAGUUCUGAUACUCAUCUGCUGUACAUCAUCCAUGGUCCUAUUUGUGCUGCUCUAUUGGUGAAUCUUUUCUUCCUGUUAAAUAUUGUUCGUGUUCUCAUAACGAAGCUGAAAGAUACACACAAGGCAGAAUCCAACCUAUACAUGAAAGCUGUAAGAGCUACUCUUAUUCUGGUUCCACUACUGGGCAUUGAAUUUGUGCUGUUUCCAUGGCGACCAGAAGGCCGGAUCGCCGAGGAAGUAUAUGACUAUGUGAUGCACAUCCUUAUGCAUUACCAGGGUCUACUGGUGGCUACAAUUUUCUGCUUCUUUAAUGGAGAGGUCCAAGCUGUUUUGAGAAGACACUGGAAUCAGUACAAAAUCCAAUUUGAGCACAGCUUCAGCCAUUCAGAUGCUAUGCGCACAGCUUCCUACACGGUAUCAUCGAUCAGCGAUGUUCAGGGCUAUAGCUACAAUCACGACUGCACCAGUGAACAUUUAAAUGGGAAAGGCUACCAUGACAUGGAGAGUGUUGUUUUAAAAACUGAAAAGCUGUAUGGUUGACUGCCAAAGACUCUGCAUCUGCCAGAGUGCUCAACCUCAUAGCUCAUGAACUCGAAGUUUGAUUUCAUGACUUCAUGGCCAGAAGAUUUUGCCUAACUUGGGAUAUCUUUUCCUCCUGAAUGAUGCAAACAAAAACAAAACAUUUUUCUUAUGUAUAUACACAUAUGCAUAUACACAUUUGUGUUUCUGUGUAUCUAUAUAGUAUGGACACCUGAGCAUAUAUAUGUGUGCAUAUAUAUAUAUAUAUAUAUGCAUUUAUAUAAGUACAUAUAUUAGAAUACAAACUUUGCCUCUUCAGUUUCUACUGUGUAGACAAAGUUGGCAAUUUUUUUGUACAAAGGGAUUCAAUGAAGGAUUUCUUAUUUUCUUGGCAGUUUGUAUAAACACUGUGUUGUACUGAAGCCACUUCAUUUGCUUACAGAAACUUAGUGUAAAUACCAUAUUUAUCAGACUGUAUUGUCUUAAAUUGACCUAAAACAGAACAGGAAAAAAAUGGUUGGUGCAAUAAUUGCAAUAGUUUGUCCAGGUUAAUUUUGUGUCCACCAUCUGACUGUCAUGAAAAAACAAGUAGUCUAAGACAAUAGACUCAGAAAUACUGACUCAGAGCCAGUUUGGUUUUGCAACUCUUUUAAAUUAAGCCUAUAGAUGCCAGUGCAAAUCCGAGAUGCUACCUACUUCUGUACUGCAACUGAAUACAGUAACCUUUGAGGUUUUUUAAUUUAAAUUAUUUUCACAUACACAGGAGUGUCUCCUCCUCCUACCCAAGUUUAUGGAAGCUUCUUACUGACUUUAAUGCAGACAAGAUCUAUGAGGUCUUACUGCCAGAAAGAAAAGUGCUAAGCAGAAUAACUGUAAGUAAGAAGUCCAUUCAGACAGUAAUCCAUGACUGAAGGUGAUAGAACUUUAUUGUGUGCUUAAGCAAGUACCCAACUGGGAAAAGAUCAUGUACAGAUUUUGUUGUUGUUUUUUUGGUUGUUUGGUUUUUAAGUAUUGCCUUGGCCAUAUGCCUGAUAACGUGUUCCUUCAUUUUGGGGCAAAAUUUUGAUUAAUUUUGUGGCUUUCUUUGUCUGAGAAAAGCAUGCAAGACUGAAUGCAGUGCAAAUGAUAUGCUGCCUUUAAAGCCAGUGUAUUAGAUUCAGAUUAAUCAAACAAAUUAAUGUUUAUAAUUUUUCAUUAUUGUUUGCAAAAUUCACUAUAAAGUUUGACUCAUAAAAGUUCAGAAGAUUUGGGAUUGAUAAUUUUGUUAUUAUUUUGUGGUGCUUCAUUCAGAAUCAAUCAUCUCAGUCACUUAGCUUAGAACAGUACGUGGUAAGUUGUUUCAUUGGUUCUACUGGCAAGUAAAGGUCUCACUGAAAAUGAUGAGGUUGUGAGGAAGGUCUUCAGAAAAUACUUCCUUAAAUAUAGUGUUUGGGGGGGGGGGUGUAAAUCUUUUGCUUUAAAGAAUUUGUAGAAGUUAUUUGUGUUUUAAGUGAAAUGACAAAGAAAAAUCAAAAGUGGGUGAGCAAUAAUAGGAGGUGAGUUUAAGGCUUACUAGAAAGAACAAAAGUAGAAAAAAGUUUUACUCGUUUAUUUUGCAGAUAAGUCUACUUCAAAUGAAAAAAAGUGGAAGUGGAGAAAAGUGGAUGUCACAGUUGAUAGACUAUUAUAAUGCUAAUGUAUAGUGGGUGCACUUAUGCCAUUUUAAAAAAACCUGAAAGAUAGUUCUUUCUGAGACCGCUUUUUGGUUUUCAAUAAUUAAUUCUGGAUAUGAAGAACUUGAUUUUAACAUUUAAACAUUUUUGUCAUAGCCUUUUGGUAAGCUUCAUUAGCAUCUAAUUAAUUUGCUGUCGCAGUGUUUAUUGGUUUGUGACUUCACAAGGUUGUAAAUGCUUUUUAUUUAGAUGGAAACCAUUAGAAGGAUGUAGUAAAUUCAUGCCAGUUGCACCUUUACAUAGUUUCUUACAGUUUUUAUGUCUGGCAUUUGAAUUUAGAAAGUAGUCUUGUGUUUUAUUAAUGAGCUAGUUUCAUAAUAUAGAAUCUCAGCCAGGAUGCACAAAUCAAGAUUUCUGUUCUUCUGCAAGGCUGUCUGGUUGACUGAUGCAAAUUUUAUGACAGUCAGAGGCUAUACUUGCAGUGGUGUGAAAUGUGGCAAUCAUCAAAUAUCACAAUCAUCUCUUACAUUGUAAGAAUACAGCCAUGGUAUCGGUUAUAACAUGAUUAGAAGUUAUUUACAAGUGUGCUUUCCGAGCUACAUAGUGUUACUUAAAAUCUGUGCACUGUUUGGAAAAUAUUAGUGGUGCAGAAAAUCCCUGCGCUGGUAUAGCUUUACACUUCGGGGACCAGAUCAUCACCUGGUAUAAAUCAGCAGUGCUCUCUUGGUGUCAGUGAAACACAGUAAUUUUAAAACUGAUGACUGACUAUUUGGUUCCUAAUAUCCCUGGUCUGUAUCCUGAUUUGUUUUCAGAUACCUGACUUUAUUGAGCUCCAUUUUCAGAAUCACUGGGAGAUAGGUACCAGCUGCAAAUCAAAGCCCAGGCAGAUAAUCUGUCCAUUUAAAAAAAGUGCUGUUAAGCCCUUCAUGGCAUAAAAUCAGACAAUUAUUUCAGUGGUACCCAGUGGGUUGUUGUAAUUAAUACAAAAGUGACAGUGAAGAGUCUAAUACAAUAGUGAAUUCAGUUUUCUUCUCAGCCAUGCAGUUCAAAUUCAAUAGCCUGUAACCAAAUUUGUAUCAUUUAAUGCAAAGUACUAGGUGCUGACAGCAUCCUGUCCUCUGUCAGAGAAACUUGUGAGGGGAAAUUAGGAGGGGGGAAAAAAUGAGGUUUUUUUUUACACAGAAAUAAUCCUGCUCCUUCUAGGUGGACAAUCACAGCAUGCUUCUAGGAGCACUUGUCUUCACUUUGAAAAAGAAACACACAUACAGCUGGAUAUGAAGGAAAAAGUUUGUGGCUGUGGAGGGUUAAAUGGCAGAGGAGCACUACAGUUCCCUGCCCCUCAUGAAGUUAACUAACCUAUUUCCCAUUAUGUACUGGAAAAUAUAAAUUCCCUAUUUCUUCCUUCUAUCUCAUCUUUUUCACGUCAUACACAGCCAAAAGCAGAGUCUGCUCCUUAAAAAUCUUUUGUCACUAUAAAUUAAGAUCAAAUCCUUAUGUUCGUAUUUCUCAUGGCUAAUUUUAUUACUUUACAAAAUGUUGUAGUCAUUAUCUAUGUUCUCUGGGAUGGAAGAAAGCUCUGUUUUGGUGGGGCUGAGAGAUUCUUUUGAACAUGCAAACACUUAUCUGUUAUUUGCGCUUUAUUGGUUUGUUAUCUGGUGAGGAUUUUUUGUGUCAGUCUGAAAGGGGCUAGAGAAACAUUUGCCUUGUUUAGGAGCUUGUCUUAUAUUUGGUAUCUGUAAUACAAGGUUGUUAGUUUUCUAUGAGAUGGAAUGUCUAUUUUUAAUGCUACUGUCUUCAAUUAAUAAAAUGACACAGAUGGAUAGCAAGGAUUCAUGCUCCAUUACAGGGCCCUCAGUUUAUUUUUUUUUAUUGUUAACUUUUUUGCUCUGUAUUUUUUCAUUUUGAUGGUGUAUUUGGCUGUAGAAAUGCUGCAACAUGUACUCCUUUUCAUGUCAUGAAACAUUCAGGAUGGAAAUCGGGCAACUUUCAAGUCAUGUACUAUGUAAAUAAGAUUAAUAGAUGCUCUAGCAUUGUAUUUAUUGCUUAGACUAAGAAUGAAAUGGAAAAAAAUGUGAAAUAAUUUUUUUGGUUUUGCUUUAUUUUCACCUUGUUCAUAUGAAUCAUCAUGCAUUUUAAUUGCUAAAAAAGUAUUACGUUUGUGAUCAAUAAAAUAUUACAUUUAUGCUG